UUGAUUUCUGACGCCGCCAAACUGAAGUUCAUCGUUAUCAUCUUGGCUGCCGGGAUGGUGGCCUUCGUUGGAGCGGUCAUCUGCAUCACUGCCGUGGUCCAUUCCGGCUCCGCAGCCGAAUCUCCCCAGCAACCCGUGGCAGACAACCAGUCGCAGUCUCCGGACGCUGGAGUGCAGCAGACUUUCCCCGGGGGCUCCGUGGCGCGAGCGGGUCCACUGGGCGCUCUCCAUGGUUCUGAAACGCAGGACGGAGAAGCGCCCACCUUCUUCCACGUCCCCAGCGGCUCAGACGGCAUUGGUGGAACUAGGCAGGUUAGCCGACUUAUCUGCACCCCAGUCCCCGCCGGGGAAUGCAACCCAAAAAACUUUCCGCAACAAGCGGACGACCCGUCGCUGUACGCCGGCGAGGACUGGGGAUACCUCCGUACCACGGCAGAGGAACUCAAACAGACAGUGCUCCAGCAGAAGGACCAGAUUAUCAUCGACCAGCGGACCAUUAGGGAUCUGUCAGGCAAGCUUUCGGAGUGUGAGAGCGGAAUAGAGAGGCGUAGCGGCCCGGAGAGUAGCGCGGGGCUCUGGGGAGGUAAAAGGGUAGAUGAGGGCCGGCUCAUGGUCCGGGACAUUGCUCCGUCGUCGACUGUUGCACAGCUGCUCACUGCUCAAGCUGUGGACGAGCUGGAACAGGCUAUCGUUCAGAUGAAAGAUCGCAUAGAGAAACUGGAGUCAGAUAUCGGACCGCUGGCGUUCCCUCACAACCACACGGAUGCAGCAACUGUGGUGGCUUCAAGAGGGGCAGGUGGUGGUGGUGGGCUCUCUGAGGCCCCUGAUGGUUGGGGUGAUGCAGGGCCAGGGGGGCAGGCCGGGACAGGGGAUGGACCAGAGCAGUGGCCACGGAUGGAGGAUCUGGAGGGAGAGCUUGAGAAGAAGCUGGAACUCCUGGAGAAGGAGAGGAAGGCCAUGCGAAAGGAAUCCCAAAGACACAGGAAGGAGAUUGACCAGGGGAUAAACUCCCUACACCACCGCAUCGCUGGCCUGGAGGAGGGACUCUCAGAGUACCCUGAGGGCUACAAGCUGUCCUUCCCAGCGCGUACCAACUAUAUGUACGCGGUGGUGCAGCACCACAUCCCUGAGCUGUGUGCCUUCACCGUGUGCCUCUGGCUGAGACCCACCGAAGAGGGCAUCGGCACCCCUUUCUCCUACGCUGUGGCGGAGCAGCCCAACGAGCUAGUUCUGUUGCAGGGCCUGCACACCCCUGUGGAGCUGCUCAUUAACGACAAGGUGGCGCAGUUACCUCUGAACCUGUCCCGGGGUAGCUGGCACCACAUCUGUGUGAGCUGGAGCCAGAGAGGCGGGGCGUGGCAAGCCUACCAGGGGGGCAAGCUGAGAGGAGAUGGGCAGGGCCUGGCAGCCUGGCACCACAUCAGGCCUGGAGGAGUCCUCAUCCUGGGGCAGGAACAGGACACUCUGGGCGGGCGUUUCGACUCGUCCCAGGCUCUGGUGGGGGAGCUAUCCCAGUGGAACGUAUGGGAGCGGGUCCUUACCCCCAGCGAGGUGUCCAUACUGGCCCACUGCAGCCAGCACGGCCCCCAGCCAAAGGGUAACGUGGCCCCCUGGACCAACCAGGAAGUGGAGGUGUUCGGAGGAGCCACCAAGGUGCCCAGGGAGCCCUGCGCUGCCAAACGCACCAACACCCCACUGUGAGGAGAAGGGAGAUAUAGGAGCCAGUGACCUUAUUCACAAAGUGUCUCAGAGUAGGACUAGUGAUGGGGGAAAAAUUAAUACAGUUACAUAUCGCAAUAUUAUUUUGGAUGAUAUUAUAUCGAUACUUUUUGUUGAUGUUGCUAGGUAGCGUUAGCUAGCGCUAGUCGGAUAUGCCUGCGCCAAAACUCUGGUAUUUUGUUGCUCUCCAUCUUCUUUUUAAAUAGUGAGCCAACAUGUUUUCAAUGCUUUUAUUUCCAUGACUGAUCAAACUCAUUUUCUCAUGCUCUCUCGUCUCUCUGCAGCAGACAUAUAGAGAGCAAUAUCUUUGGAACAUCAAAUUGCAAUAAAUUCGCAGUAUCGAAUCGCAAUACAUAUAGAAUCGUGAGAAUCGCAAUACAUAUCGUAUUGUCACCUAAGUAUCAUUAUAAUAUUUGUGAGAUCCAUAAGUAGGACUGUACAUGUCAUAUUAUACAUGAAACCUUAUUUAUUAUGAUCUAACAGUCAAAGCUGAUCUUUCAUCAGCACUUCUACUUUGAGACUGAGAGCCCUGAGCUGUGUUCAGUAGGGCAAAACAUUGUGGAGGUAACAUAUUUCUAUCUGAACAACUAGUUAUGUAGAACAGCAGGAAUGCCUCAAUGACAUGUAGAUUAAGGAAUCAUGUCAGCUAUAUUCAUCACAUUUCUAUCUGCAAGGUUCAGUAUAUUGUACAUUGUGAAUUGUGAAGUGAAUUGAUGGGUGGAGCUCUGGUGAAAGGGAAUAGGGGAAUGAAGCACAUUGCUAGAAGUGGGAGUAACACUGGUUUCGUAACUACUCAUAAAGACUUUAUUUAUCCCUCAAGGGGAAAUGUU